AUGAUGAAGCGAGAACAUCCAUCACAUUUGGUUGCCCAGAAACACCGUGAAUUGUUUCCACAAUGGUUUUUGGAUUCUGUGAAUAAGUUGAAAUCAUCGAAUUCCCCAACUUACAGUGAUGAGUUAUAUAACUUGGCGUUCAGCCCGAUUCGCGCUCUAUUGUUCUCGGGUUGUAAUGUUAACGGCGUCAAAUUUUUGGGGGUUCCACGAGAUGACAAGUUGUGUACACAAAACAGCGGUGUCCAUGUCUCAGGUGGAGGUGAAAAUGACCCUAAAGCCAGAAGCUGUUGGAACGUUGUUCAAAAGAUGGAUCAUAGGAACGUGUAUGCUAUACCAAAACUAGACCCAACUGACAACGACGUCGACAAUGUGGCUGACCAACGUUUAGAAUCUUCAAUGGAAAAUGAUGCGGAAACACUUCGAGAUACAAAUGUUAUACAAGAGCCAUUUCAAAUACAAGGAGUGUCUUCAAUCGAAAUACCGAUUCAGUCAAUUACAAUUGACCUCGGUGAUCUUCCGCGAUACGAUGUUGCAGUUGGCCCGAGCAACGACGAUGAUGUAGUUAUAGAGGAGGCAGAGGAGGAGGAGGAGGAAAAGGAUUGA